ACUUCAGUGCUUUAUAAAUUUUAGGAAGAUCAAUGCUUUUCAAGUGUACUAUUACUCCAGAAGGACCCCCUUGAAAAUGAGAUGCCACAUCUCAAGGGGCUAUCCUUUCAAUAAAUUCAAAUUCAAAUUACGCAAAAUACUUGUCUGCGUUUUUUCCUUCUUUUGAACGUGUGCAUUAUUUAUUAUUUCAUGGUCAAGGUGAUAAGCGAAUUUGCCUUCCGGAAUAAGUAAAGUUCAAACUAACCUAAACGAACCCAAAAGGUAACACACAACAUAUGACUUAUAUUUUGUGCACAAUUCAGUGUGACUCACACAACUCAUCUCUCGGCUGGAGAAAGUGCAGCGGGCACGGCAGGACCAGGCACUGCUUCCAUAUACAGUCAAAUGAGACAAAAUGAACAAUAAAUUAUGCAUCUUAUUUUUAAACAUUUGUCACCCAUAUUUUUUGCACUUCCAGGCAACGGCACAGACUGGCUGAGGGACUACAGCGACAUCCAAUCAAAGUUCUCCCUGCGCACCUGUGACGGUCCGGAUGAGGACCUGUGCUACCUGGUACCUGGUCACCCACACACCGCCCACGAGUGCCAGUUCCACGCCCACGCACGGACCUUCAUGAUAAUUCACGGCUGGACGGUAACGGGGAUGUUUGAGAGCUGGGUGUCCAUGCUGGUGCAGGCUCUGUACGAGCGGGAGCCCCACGCUAACGUGCUGGUGGUGGACUGGCUGGACCGAGCCCGUCAGCACUACCCCACCUCCGCCGCCAACACCAAGCUGGUGGGCCGCGACGUCGCCAAGUUCAUCAACUGGAUGGAGGUGGAGCUACAGUACCCCCUGGAGAUGGUGCACCUGCUGGGGUACAGUCUGGGGGCCCAUGUGGCCGGCAUCGCUGGAGAUCUCUCCAAAAACAAGGUCUACAGGAUCACAGGUCUGGACCCUGCUGGCCCGGGGUUCGAGCAUGCUGACGCGCAGAGCUCCCUCUCCCCGGAUGAUGCCGAAUUUGUGGACGUCCUGCACACGAACACGAGGGGGUCCCCCGGGCGCAGCAUCGGGAUCCAGCGGCCCGUGGGGCACGUGGACAUCUACCCCAACGGCGGGACGUCCCAGCCUGGCUGCGAUCUACAAAGCGCCAUGCUGAAGAUCGCCAUGUCCGGCAUCCAGAAUGUGAAUCAGUUAAUGAAGUGUUCCCAUGAGCGCUCAGUGCUCCUGUUUUUCGACUCGCUGCUGAACUCUGAGCAGCAGAGCACGGCGUUCCUCUGCAGCUCCAGGGAGACCUUCAGCCGCGGCCUGUGUCUCAGCUGCCGUGGCAACCGCUGCGCCAAGCUGGGCUACGGCGCCCGGCCGGUCCGCGCCCGCCGGAGCCUCACCAUGUACCUGCACACCCGCGGGGUCAUGCCCUACAAAGUUUUUCACUUCCAGGUGAAAGUACAUUUCUUCAGCCAUUUCUUUGAGAGGUACCAAACACACCUAUUCAAUACUCGUGUGCUUAUUCAAAUGAUGGUUUGUGUGUACUGUAUUGACGCAAAAACAAUUUUUUAAAAGAGUUUGAAGAGUUUUGCAAGAAUUGUUUGCUUUUGCAAGAGAUGUAUAAUGUUUUGCUGGUUUGGUGUAAGGUUUUGUGGUUAGUGCGCAGAGUUUUGCAAAAAUAGCCUAUAGUUUCAAAGAUAGUGCCUAAGCAAUCAGAAAAAACUGUAAAAGCUUGAGGACCAUUCUGUCAUUGAACAAUGAGCUGGUGAUUCUUUAUUAGAAAUGUUAAAUAUGCACUGAUAGUGCAAAGUCACUUCAGUGACAAGCAGGUGCUGUAGAUGUGGUGCAAGAAUUGGUACCAGCGUUCUCCUGCUGCAUGCCAGCCAGCAUGAGAAUGGUUCCGGAUGGAAAAUCUAAAUUAUUAUGCUACACCAAACAACUUAAUAUAUUAGGCUAUUAUUAUAAUU